AUGGACUGGCCAGAUACCGGCAGCGAGUUCAUGGACUGGCCCGACACCGACAGCGAGUUUGGCGGCCACGCCGCGCCGCACGCUGCGAGGCCGCGGGGCCGCUGGGCCGCGGUCCCCUGCCGCGCGUGGCCGGCCCAUGCGCUGCCCACGGGCCAGCAGCGCUUCGUGCCGCUAGCCCCCCUCAACCCGAUGGACUCGACCGACACCAGCGGCGAGUUCAUGGACUGGCCCGACACCGACAGCGAGUUUGGCGGCCACGCCGCGCCGCACGCUGCGAGGCCGCGGGGCCGUUGGACCGCGGGCCUGGGCCGCGCGUGGCCGGCCCAUACGCUGCCCACGGGCCAGCAGCGCUUCGUGACGCCAGCCCCCCGCAACCCGAUGGACUCGACCGACACCAGCAGCGAGUUCAUGGGUUUGGCGACCACGCCGCGCCGCACGCUGCUAGGCCGCCAGGGCCUCUGGGCCGCGGGCCCUGGCCGCGCGCUGCCGACGGGCCAGCAGCACUUCGUGCCGCCAGCAUCCCAUAACCCGAUGGACUGA